AUGCCCUUUGUCAAAGACUUCGAGCCAGUUUCUUUGGAAAACACUAAUCUAUUCAAGCCGAUCAAGGUCGGUAACACUCAGCUUGCGCACCGCGUGGUCAUGCCUCCCUUGACCAGGAUGAGGGCGAGCCAUCCCGGCAACGUUCCGAACAAGCAAUGGGCUGCCGAGUACUACCGUCAGCGUGCGCAGAGACCCGGCACCAUGAUCAUCACCGAGGGUACUUUCAUCUCUCCCCAAGCCGGUGGCUACGACAACGCCCCCGGCAUCUGGUCUGACGAGCAGGUUGCUCAGUGGAAGGACAUCCUCUUGGCCAUCCACGACAAAAAGUCCUUUGCCUGGGUGCAACUGUGGGCCCUUGGCAGGGCGUCCUUCCCAGACGCGAUGGCUAGAGACGGGCUGCGCUACGAUUCUGCAUCAGAUGCAGUGUACAUGGAGGACACGGCCAACGCCGCAAAGGUCCCAGCACACACCUUGACCAAGGACGACAUUAAGCAGUACGUCAAGGAGUACGUACACGCCGCUAAGAAUGCCGUUUUCUUGGCCGGCGCUGACGGUGUGGAGAUUCAUAGCGCCAAUGGGUACUUGCUGAACCAGUUCUUGGACCCUCGUUCCAACACCAGGAACGAUGAGUACGGCGGGUCCAUUGAAAACAGGGCCCGCUUCACUCUGGAGGUCGUUKACGCUGUGUCCGACGCCAUCGGCCACGACAGGGUUGGCUUGAGGUUGUCUCCCUACGGCACUUUCAACAGCAUGUCCGGCGGUGCUGAGCCGCAUAUUGUUGCUCAAUACGCUUAUGUCUUGGGCGAAUUGGAGAGACGAGCCAAGGCCGGUAAGCGGUUGGCCUUUGUCCAUCUGGUCGAGCCUCGUGUUACCGACCUGACCCUGGAUGAAGGCGAAGGGGACUACGAUGAAGGUAGCAACGAUUUCGCUUACUCCAUUUGGAAAGGCCCUAUCGUUAAAGCCGGUAACUUUGCGUUGCACCCAGAUGCCGUCAAAGAAGAAGUCAAGCGUGACAGAACGUUGAUCGCUUACGGCAGAUUCUUCAUUGCCAACCCGGACUUGGUGGACCGUUUGGAAAAGGGUCUGCCAUUGAACAAGUACGAUAGAGCUACUUUCUACACCAUGUCCGCAGAAGGUUACAUUGAUUACCCAACUUACGGUGAGGCAGUGGAGUUAGGCUGGGACAAAAACUAA